AUGUCCCAGAGCCAGUUCUCAUCCCAUUUUUCCCUGCCUAUCCUGUUGUAUCUCUACCAGGCUGACCAAUUCCAGCUCCAGAUGAACACACUACGACAUUACAAAAGGCAUUAUGAAGUACAAACCAGGCCCAGCCUCAGCGAGGCACAGCUAGCAGAAACCAUCGGCCGUCGCUUUGGGAAUAUCCCCGUGAAUGAGGAGGAGACGCUCGCGUACUUCAUCUACGUGGUGAAGAACAAGAGCAGGCAGGACCAGAAAUCGGAAGGCAGCAAGCAGCUGGAAUGAAAACUAGAUGGACUUUGGACAAGAAGAAGUGAGGUGUUGAAAAAGCAGGUUGUAUCCUAUGCGUUUUAGGCCUCUAUGGACUAUUAAACAAUAUUGGGGUUUCUUUUUUAAAAAGCAGUAAAUACAAAUGAGUGAAAAAUAUAGACACUCUUGGCCAGGAGUAUGUUAAAACAUGCAUCCAGCUUGCAUGUGAAGACUGACUUGCCAUUUCAACACCAUUGGAACGAAGAAACAAAGAUCAUAGGAUGUAGGAAAGAAAUCGGUGGGAUUUUAACGAUGGAGUUUGU